AUGAUGAAAUAUCUCUUAAUUUUAUUUAUUGCUUUUGUAACUUUAGCUAAUUCUCAACUUAUCCUUUCAACAGGACAAUGGACAAAACAUAACACUGGAUUAUGCACUACUCCUUUGAUUAUGAACCUCACAAAGAAUGUAGGAGGAUACCAGACAGUCUCUGUCCAGGGAUACCCUUAUUUGACUAAUAUCACUGUAAAUAACGACGGAACUUUCCAAGGUUUGGGUUGUCUCUACUCUGGCAAACGUGUCACUGACUACGCAUCAGUUAAAGGAGUUAUCUAUAAUGCUAAUGCCUUCGUUGCCAUAUAUGCACCUUCAUUUGGUUUCCCAGGUGUCACCUACUACUAUUCUCUUAAUUUCUGUGAUAAUUCGAAUAUUCAACAAAAUGUUGAAGGGGAUAUUUCAUCUGAACCACAACUUUAA